GUCAGAACGAGGAGAAUUGACGUCAGUGACGGCUGUUGAUUGGUUCUCAGUCGUAUCCGGUGGGGCAGCGGUCCAGGGCUCGGGAAAAAAAAAUCGAAGCGAGCAGAGUCUGGUAACGGUACGCUUUGAGAAAUAUCGUUCAUCCCGAGUCGCUGUUAAAGGGCUCGGCAGAAGUUUACGGUUUCAUUACAAAGGUUCGAGGUCACAGAACAGGGUUGAGGUUGUUGUCAUGGCUUCUGGAAGUACGAGCAGCGAAGAGGAGCGGAGCCUGAGGGAGUGUGAGCAGUAUGUGCAGAAACAUAACAUUCAACAGCUGCUGAAGGACUGCAUUGUCCAGCUGUGCACCUCCAGACCAGAUAGGCCCAUGGCCUUCCUCAGGGAGUACUUUGAAAGGCAGGAGAAGGAGGAGGCCAAGCAGAUUCAGAACCAGCAGAAGGCCAGCAGCUCCCGUUCAGAUUCACGCGAUGAGGAAGUGUCUCCACCCAUGAACCCUGUGGUAAAGGGUCGCCGGCGGAGAGGAGCCUUCAGCGCAGAGGUUUACACUGAGGAGGAUGCAGCCUCAUAUGUCAGAAAGGUUAUUCCUAAAGAUUACAAGACAAUGGCAGCCUUGGCCAAAGCUAUUGAAAAGAAUGUGCUGUUCUCACACCUGGAUGACAAUGAAAGGAGCGACAUAUUCGAUGCAAUGUUUCCAGUCACUUACAUCGCUGGAGAAACCGUUAUUCUGCAGGGUGACGAAGGUGAUAAUUUCUAUGUUAUCGACCAAGGGGAGAUGGAUGUCUAUGUGAACAAUGAAUGGGUGACCAGCAUUGGGGAAGGAGGCAGUUUUGGAGAGCUGGCCCUGAUAUACGGAACCCCGAGGGCAGCCACAGUCAGAGCCAAGACCAAUGUGAAACUGUGGGGCAUCGACAGAGACAGCUACAGGAGAAUACUUAUGGGAAGCACUUUGAGAAAGAGGAAGAUGUAUGAAGAAUUCCUCAGGAAAGUGUCCAUUUUAGAGUCUCUUGACAAAUGGGAGCGUCUGACAGUCGCUGAUGCUUUGGAGCCCGUCCAGUUUGAGGAUGGACAAAAGAUUGUUGUGCAGGGGGAACCCGGAGAUGAGUUCUUCAUCAUCUUAGAGGGUUCUGCAGCUGUGUUACAGCGUCGCUCAGAGAACGAGGAGUUUGUGGAAGUGGGAAGAUUAGGACCAUCUGACUACUUUGGUGAGAUUGCUCUGCUGAUGAACCGCCCCCGUGCUGCCACUGUGGUUGCCCGAGGCCCCCUGAAGUGCGUCAAGCUCGACCGGCCCCGCUUCGAGCGCGUCCUGGGUCCCUGUUCAGACAUUCUCAAACGUAACAUCCAACAGUACAACAGCUUCGUCUCGCUGUCUGUCUGAAUCCCCCUUCACUCUUUUUCCCCUCUUCUCUCCUUUUAGACCCAGGGUCCACCAAUGCAAUUUACUUUUUCUCACUUUCUUCUUCUUUCUGUUCACUUUCUUUCCCCUCCCUCUUUGUUUUACACACAGAUCGUUUUGUUGUUACCACCUGUCACACUGAGGUGACUUUUAGCCAUUCACCAGCGCUUGUACCAGCUGCUGUAUGCUACCUUGUAGGCACAGUUACAUCACAUUACUUAUGUUUGUAUGUAUUUGAUGGUUACACUUUCUUUUUAGACUUUAACAGAAAGCAGGAUUGUUAGGGGAUCUGAAAGACUUUAGGGUCUCAGACUGAUGAGACAGGACAAUCACAUUUUAAAUGGCGCUUUUGGUGAAUUUGUUACAGAUUUAAGUUGUUGAGUGAAGUGGAUAGGACUGCUUCUUCCCCAUUAAAGAGUUUGCUUUCUGACAUCAGUUAGCCUGAUUAGAGCAAAACCUAAAAACUGUAGAAGGAAUGAUGAACAUGAGUGCAUCGAACUUAGUUUCAGCUGUGAUACACAGCUCCAUUUUUGGUUAUGAGGUAUGUGGAGCUUAGUUUGAGAGAGCUUGUACAACUUGAGAGUUUAUUUUAUUGUGCAGCUGCCAGGCUAGUGCCAAAUGUUGAUUAUUGUCACAACGCAAAGAUGCAUAGCUGUAGAAAUGCAGCGCAUGUCCUGUCCCCUGACUAUUUGGAGCUUCAAACAUGAAGUAGUUAUUACCCUUAUUGUCCUCUUAAUUUGUAGAACAACCAAUCAAGAACUGCCUUGAGUACUUUGAGGAAAAAAAUAAAUAAAAAUUAAAGUAAAAAAAAAAGGAGUAUUAAAUGUAUUUCAGUGUUGAACAUUUUUAGUAUAUACCAAAUAACCUGGUCACUCUUCUGCUAUGGUUUGUCAUUAAAAUGUUAUCAUAGUAUAGUUAAAAUGAUCAUAGUUAAUAUUAUUAUCAUCAAUUAAAUGAUAAUCCUAUGGUUUGGAGUGAUGGUGAUCUUAAAAAUAUGUUAAACUGUCUUUUGUAAACACUUUUCCAUAAAUUCUAUUUUAGUUGUCCAGUGCCACAAAGUAAAUAAAUGCUUCUUCUUGUCAACUGACAAAACAGUA